AUGCAGACAGCCAAGCGUGUGCUAUCACCCAGCAAGGCUGACAAUGUACUUACCACACAUAAAAAGUUGAAAACACAGCUGAGUGUCGAGCCGGCAGAGCAGGAGAACCUUGCGCUGCUGCUGGACGAUGAUGAUGACUUCGAUCUGAGCGCGUUGGAUGCAGCUGUAAAUGCACAAAAAUUAGAUUUAAGCUGCUGGCAGCGUUGCAUAGUGCAACUAGUGGAACGCAAACCAAAGACUUACGAUUUAGUGCUGGAGCUGUGCAGCGAACGGGGCGCCCAUGAGCAGGAUACUGCAGCAGUGGCUAAAGCGGCAUGUCAACUGCAAGCGCCAUGGAAUCAAACGCCUUUGAAUGUUGGAGAUCUUAUAUCGGUGCAGGCGCAAUGGGAUGCUACGCUGAAUUGCUAUGUAGUGAACAAGGAUCAUGGCUACUGCAUAAUACAUCCAGACAUGCUUAUUUCCAGCACUGCGGUGACCGGUUCACUCUUCUGCCGGCGCAAGGCUGUGCUGCAAAGUCGCUUUCGUGGCAUUGAUAGCACCAACGCAGUGAUGCUCAUAGGCACAUUGGUGCAUGAGCUGCUGCAGACGGUGCUGUCGGAGCGGCUGCGCACGCAGGCGCAAGUUGAAACUGCAUUGCAGCAGAUGCUGCAGAGCGCCUCGCUGGCUCAGAUGCUCUACGCUGGCCAGCUGAGCCACAGCGAGAUUGAGCUGCAGCUGCAUAACUUUGUAGAGCCCAUUGUUAGCUUUGUGGCGCAGUAUGUGGAGGGCAAACUGCCGGCAUCGCUGCCCAAAGAGAUGUACAGAGGUCGCAUUGAGCAGAUAGAGGACAUUGAGGAGAAUCUGUGGGUGCCGCAGCUGGGACUGAAGGGUAAGGUGGAUGUGUCAGUGCGGCUGCGUCAACAAAAGCAGCCCGUGCCGCUGGAGCUGAAGACAGGACGCGCUAGCUUCUCCAUGGAGCACAAGGGCCAGCUGCUGCUCUAUCAGCUAAUGCACUCGGUGCUGGGCCGCGAAACGCGCAGCGGCCUGCUGCUCUAUCUGAAGGAAGGCAUACUGCGUGAAGUGCGCGACGGACGCAAUGAGCAGCGUGAUCUUAUAUUGCUGCGCAACGAUCUGGUGUACUAUUUGACGCGCGAGGUGCAGCUGCCGGCGCUAAAGCAGCAGUCGCUGCUGCUGCCCGAGCAGCCAGGCAAGCUGCUGCAGCCGUUUCAGCUGCCGGAGCCGAUUUCACAUCACAGCGCUUGCAAUAACUGCGCCUACAAUACGCUCUGCUGCAGCUUUGCCAGCACGGAUGCAGCGCUGGAGUUGAGCAGCAGCCAUCCGCUGCAGCGUCUGAUGCCGCAGCUGCUGCAGCAGCUGACGCAGGCGGAUCAGGAGUACGUGCUGCAUUGGUGUGGCCUGCUGGCCUUGGAGGAGCAGCAUGGAAAUCAAUCGCCGCAGCUGCGCGCAAUCUGGACUGAGUCAGCCGAGCAGCGACAGCAGCAGGGACGCGCUAUCUGCGACUUGCAGCUGCCCGCUGAGCACAAGACGCGCUGCAUCGAUGGACGCUACGCGCACAAGCUGCAGCUGUCGGCAGCGGCUGCGUCUGCUGCUGUGAAUCUAACACUAAGUGGCUUCGAGUUGGGCGAGUAUGUCAUAGUUAGCUCGGAGAAACGACUGGCUAUAGCCGCAGGCUACAUUACCGAACUGAGUGCGCGCCAGCUCUGCCUGCAGCUGGAGCGUGAUCUGGGCCAGCGUUAUGCGCAGCAGCGCUUCAUAGUGGACAAGCACGAGUCGCAGACCUUUGCCAGCUUCAAUUAUACCAAUCUGGCGCUGCUGCUGGCGGACACGCCAGACGCUGCGCGCCUGCGCUCCAUUGUCGUGGCACGUGAGCCGCCCACGCAGAGCAAAGUGCUGCCACAGCUGGUGCUGUCCAAGGGCGCGGCGAUGCUGCGAGAUCUGAACAAAGUGCAGCAGGCGGCGACGCUGCGCGCACUGACGACCAACUCGCAUCUGCUGAUCAAGGGUCUGCCCGGCACUGGCAAGACGCAGACACUGGUGGCCAUAGUGCGUCUGCUGCAUCUGCUCGGACGCAGCGUGCUCAUCACAGCGCAAACUCACUCCGCCGUGGACAACUUGCUGCUGCGUCUGCUGCCCCACAAGCUGCCCAUGCUGCGUCUGGGCAGCAGUGCGCGCAUUCAUCCGCAGCUGCUGGAGAUUAGCGAGGCGCAGCUGACUGCGCAGUGCGUGAGCGUGGAGCAGCUGACGGCGGCGCUGCAUGCGCCCAGCAUUGUGGGCACCACCUGCCUGGGUGCUGGCCAUGCGCUGUUCCAGCAUCGUCGCUUCGACUAUUGCAUUGUGGACGAGGCCACCCAAGUGCUGCAGCCGACGGUGCUGCGUGCGCUGAGCCACUGCGAGCGCUUCAUACUCGUCGGUGAUCCCGAGCAGCUGCCGCCUGUGCUGCGCAGCCAUCAGGCGCGUCAGCGUGGUGCAGAUGAAACGCUCUUCCAGCGCCUCGACUGCGCCGCUGCCACUGCAGUCCUCACUCUGCAGUAUCGCAUGAAUCGCAGCAUUGCGCGUCUGGCCAAUCAGCUGACCUAUGGGGGCGCACUGCGCUGCGCCAAUGAGCAAGUGGAGCAGGCCAAGCUGCAGCUGGAGCUGCCUGCGCUGUCGCAUGCCAGUCGCUGGGUGCUGCGCGCCUUGCAGCCGCAUCUGGAUCAGUCGGCGCUGCUGCUGGACACGGGCGACUGCGCGCAACGCUGUGCGGACUUUGCCAACGGCUCCUCCGAGCUGAACAGCACCAGCGCCAGCAUUGAGCAGCACUUUGGCGAGUCCGACGCCGCUACCGCUACCGCUAACGCUACCGUGCGCUCCGGCAAGCGACGCGUGCCCAAGUACAGCAACUACUGCGAGGCAGCCAUUGUGCUGCAGCUGCUGCGUUCGCUGCUGGCCGCGGGCUACGAUGGCGCACGCAUUGGCGUCAUUGCGCCCUAUCGUGCCCAGGUGGAGCUGCUGCGCAAGCUCUGCAAGGAGCUGCAAGGCGUGGAGUUCAACACCGUGGAUCAGUAUCAGGGACGUGACAAGAACAUCAUCAUCUACAGCUGCACCAAGACGGGCAGCAGCAGCUCUGAUAUGGAGCGCCUGCGCGAGGCCGAGAUCCUGGAGGAUCAGCGUCGUCUCACUGUCGCCAUUACGCGUGCCAAGCACAAGCUGCUCCUACUCGGCGAUGCCGCCUGCCUGCAGCGCUACACGCCCUUCCGACGCCUCCUCGAGCAUCUGCCCGAGCACUGCCGCCUGCAGCUCCAAGACGAUCGCAUGCAGUUCAACUGGCACACGCUGCUCGAGCAGCUGCAACUGGCGCUCAAUUCGAAUCUGUAA